AAUGCCUUUAUUUUGAAAGGUAUGCUAGAUGGGCGCUGAGCUCGAGUCCUUCACUCGGCAGCAGCUGAGGUCAACCGAGGAGGAGGCACCGGAGGAAACCGGGAGGCUACGGAGGCUACGGAGGACACCUCUACAAGUCACGCUCCAACGGCAGAACGGCGAUGACGAUAAGAGAGUUGCCAAGUCAUGGAUAGAUCGCCACAAUGACACAUGAGACCCUCACAAGCUCCCAGCUGUCUGUCAAGGCGGCUGCCCUGCGCAUGGUCGACCUACCGCUGUCCGUGUACGCCUCUCUGGCACAGGUGAGUGUCAGCGCAGGCACCAAGAAGCUGGUGGCGGCCACGGCCUUCGGUGCCGUCUCGCUCCUCUUCCUCGCUCGCCGCUUCCAGAGGAGGAAGGGCAGAAAGAAGGCUCAGUGGGAGCAGGCUGGCUUUGAGUUCAUCCCCCUGGCCUCAGCGGAGAACGAUAACACCAGUCAAAACAUCACUCUCUCCCUCAACUCCAAGAACGGCUUCUCCUCUGGUCUGCUUCUCAAUGCAGGAGACUACAGGAAGCUGUCCGGGUCUCUGCUGAGCCUGGCCUCGGUAAAAAGCAUGAACUCAUCCAGCGGCAGCACCUGCGCAAAUGAAUCCAGCUGUUGGGACAGAGCGGGGGAAGCUGAUAUCUGCAGUGUGGUCAACUUACCUGUGACCACUCCUGAGAACCUGUACCUCAUGGGUAUGGAUUUAUUCGAGGAGGCUCUACGGCGGUGGGAGGAAGCGCUGACAUUCAGGAGCAGGCAGGGCGACGACGAUGCCAGCUGUGCAUCCGUCAAAACGGGAGCUGGAGACGCCAUCGCUGAGCAGAGCAUGGAGGACGUCAUCAGUGCAGAGUUCAUCCACAGGCUCAAGUCUCUGCUGCAGAGGGCCUACAGCCUCCAGGAGGAGUUUGAGGGAGUGUUGUGCAUGUCGGAGCCCUCGUCCCACAGCAACAGCCAGGAUAAAAUGGCAGACAUUCUGUCCAGAGAGGAGCUGGACGACGCCUGUCUGAGAGACAGCAACAGCAUCGCCUCCACCGACUCAUUUGUGUCUGCUGCUGAGCUGUCGGAGCACCGGGAGCUGAGGAGCGUCCUCGCUCUGGGUCAUCACCUUUUCUACGAAGAGGCGCUGCAGAUGGCCGAGGAUGGCGACAUCUCCUGCAGGGUGCUGCGGACUGAGAUGCUCGAGUGUCUCGGGGACAUUGAUUUCCUGGCCAAGUUGCACUGUGUGCGUCAGGCAUGUCAGCUCAUUUUGUGCGAGAGAACGACGCGGCUGUUUCUAGCCGACACGGGAAAGAAAAUACUGUCUUCCAUUAUUGUUAAAGCACAGAAGAGCCCAAAGAGAUUCGAGGAAGAGUUUGAGGAGAUGAUUUCCUUCCUGGAGCACACGGAGCACUGGGAGAACACAGAGGUGGAGCUGGCCACGCGAGGGGUGAAGCACUUGAACUUCUACGAUAUCGUGCUGGACUUCAUCCUGAUGGACUCAUUCGAGGACCUGGAGAAUCCACCCAUCUCCAUCCAGAACGUGAUCAACAACCGCUGGCUCAACAGCUCCUUCAAGGAGACGGCGGUGGCAUCUAGUUGUUGGUCAGUGAUGAAGCAGAAGAGACAGCACAUGAAGGUGUCGGACGGCUUCAUCGCUCAUUUCUACGCCGUGUGUGAACAGAUCAGCCCCGUCCUGGCCUGGGGCUUCCUGGGGCCCAAGAGCUCCCUGCAUGACUUCUGCUGCUUCUUCAAGGAUCAGGUGCUGUACUUCCUGAAGGACAUUUUUGACCUGGACAAAGUGCGCUACUCUUCAGUGGAGAGUCUAGCGGAGGACAUGCUCUGUCUGCUGCACCGGCGCUCUGAACUGUUGGUGGCGUACCUGGGAGCCGACUCCCUGCGGCACGUCAACGGCUGCGGCUCCCCUCCGGUGCAGCUGCUGCCCAGCGCCCUGCUGGAGGCUCGGGUGUAGUGAGAGACGGGGGGACUAAAAGUAUCCUAACAGACCCGCGUCAUCAAAACACCACAUGAUGGAAACGUCAGCAUUUAUUCAACGGUGAGUUCACACCAACCGUUGCACAAAACGGCUCAUUCAAGAAAACACCGUUUCACCGCAGUCUGACGCGCACUCAUCACAUCUCCCAUCAUGCUUUGUGCUCUGUAUCUGAGGAUAAAACUGUACCAACUGUCUUGCCUUCACACUUGAUCAUUACCUCCAGUGUGGCCUCGUCUUUCACUGUGCCACAUUAGUUUUAAAAUAUCAUGGCAAUAAUAUUUAAACUUGCUGUGAGACAUUUGACAGUAGUAGAUAUAUUCCGCUGUGUAAAUUAAAGGCAUAUUUAUUGCUGUUAAAGAGCAAUUUGUGUGAAGAAAAAGGGUAUUUUACAGUAUUUAUUUUACUAUAAAGUUGCAGGAUUUAUUUUUUAGAAGUUGUAGUUGUAGACUGUAUGCAUCAAUGUUGAUAAUAAACUUUAUCAUAGAGAUUUAUUAGAUGUAUUUCCACAUCCUUCUGAACAUCAACAAUGCAAAACCAUUAAAUGUACUUAGUUUUUGUUACAAGCACACGUUGCACAGGGAAAUAGAGUAUGAAAAAUGUGUCGGAGUCAUUACAUGUAGUUUACUUAAAAGCAGCAGAGACACAAUAUUUAAAUGAAGCAGCCUACAAGGCCUUUAAUCCCAUCCUACAGUCAGCUACAGGAAAUAAGAUUAUAUAUAUAUCACUAUUACAUAAUCCUGCAGCUGCUCAACAACACGCAAGAAGCCUUACUGUCAAUGCACAUAUUCAAGCCUUGUCUUCAUCACUGAAUGUCGGUCUUAACACUACAAUAUAUUAUCGUCUGCUCUGCUGAUCAGUCACUGCCAUGUAUAGAACACAACAUGAAGCUUAGAGCAACAGUUACUGCAGGAAGAAAUAAACCUGCGAUGAAGAGUUCAUGUUCCAAAAAUGCUAGAUAUAGAUUUUAGGAGUGAUUCACAUUGUUGGUUGUCAUUUGCAGAAUUUUCCUCUUAAAAGGAUAGAUUCAUGUUUUUUCAGGUCUGUGAACUACGAAAGAGUAACUGGUCACUGUGGUCGUUCCUUCUGGUAAUAUCUGAAGUUCAGCUGAAACUAAUGUGAGGCUGCAACAGUCUGAGUCAUAUCCAGUUAGAUUCAAGUCUUUUAGUUUGAAAUUCCCUUGGACGGUGUUUACUUUAGAGUUGGUUUAAUAGUUUUAGAUGGUAAUGUUUUUUUUUUGGUUUUUUUAAAUAGAUAAAACAAGACAUUUGAACAUGUCAUUAUGGGCUUGAGUAACUUGUGCUGACCAAAUUGAGAAAAUAAAAGGCAGAUUAAUCAAUAAUGGAAGUUAGUUCAAUGCUGAACUACAGUGGAGUAUACUUGCAAACCGUCACGAUUUUCCCGCGAGACUCGUUUCGCAUUGCCUUCUCCCAGUUUCCUCCCGGGUUCACAACUCUCCCGAUUUAUGACAACUUUUCACCCCUUUUCUUUGUCUCAACCUGUUUCUGGCACUGUAGAGUGUGUAAAAGCCAUAAGCCCUACUGUUUCCACUCGGACAAUACAGCUACACCAAAUUUUGUUUUCUGGGGGAAGAGAGCUACUCUCGGUUUGAGCUGCACUUAGUGCACUUCAGUGUGUGAGAAAAUAAGGAAAUGGAGAGUAUAAGGAAGAAAUAGACCUACUCAAGCAUAAAACUGCUGUUGCAGUGUACUUUAUAAUUAUUUUUUGCAGUUUUCAUUCUUUAAAAGUUUAAAAGAAAUCACAUUUUCCGGGGGGGGGGGGGGGGGGCUCUCUUUAGUUUCCAAAUCCCCUCUAUUUUUGAGGUCUAAAGGUUGGCUUGUAUGCAGUGGAGAUAAUAGCACAUUAAAAAGGACUGAACUUCUGCUCUGUCCAACUCAGACUGCUGAAGCCUCAUUAACUUUUAGAUGUCUUUUUAAAACAGAAUCCAUUUCUUUAAUGGCAUUAUGAAGGGAUCUUUUCAAAGCCAGUAUUAACAGGAGGAAUGAUGGAUCAAGAAGUUUGAAUGUACAUUUGACUAUUAGAGUAUUGUUUCAAGACUGAAAGAAAAAUGUUAAACUAUCCUUUAAGGUGGAUUUUAUUUUGUCAACACGGGGAGAAAAUUUUACAUUUGUGAGAUGUUUGUUUUUGUGUAUAAAUUAAGCAAAUAAAGACUGAUGAGAAUGUA